GACACGUGAUACUAACGUUGGAAAAGCUAAAGUAAGCGUCAUAUUUAUAAUAUCUGUAUAUAUUUACGUGCAUCUAAGACCGGAUAAAUACAUAACUAAAAUGAACAAUUUUCUUAAAGUUAUAACGCUAUGUUAUUAUUACUAUGAAAUCUAUCUUAAAAUGUAAGCGCAAAGCAGAUCAGUUAAAUGACACACAAGAAACUUGGACACAAUGAUUUCUGAAAUUAUUUCAAUUUUCGCAAUUCUUAAAACAAGUAAAGCUAUAGUAGGAUUCGAUUGCAGGGCAUCUGAUCCAAUCAUCACCACGUACCCUCUACUUGAUUCCGGGGAGUGCGAUUUCCAUCAAGAAGAUGUAAACGCGACAAACGUCACCAUACAACUACUACAAUUGGCAGAAUUAAAAAAAAAGCAUAUUCAUCAUAUCGUAUUCAUCUUUACAUAAAUCAGGAGAUAAAUUCAAAAGUAUAGAUAUAAUGUCAAUUACAGUAUAAAAUGCGGUUUGCCAGUAAUAUAUUGCCUGAUUCAAGAUGAAUUCAAAUAUUCACGUUCAGGAGAAUAGUAUUCUUUUUGUUAAUGUAGAUGAAACUACUAUCUCUGAUCAGGAUAAGUUCCUAUUGAAUAAUAAUAGUACAUACGUUUAUUUCUUUGAAAUAACUACUAAAAGAGCAAGUUUGGGAAUAAUAUUGUGUCUCUUUUCUAUUGCAACUGUUUUUGGUAACACUCUUGUAAUCAUAGCCGUUAUCCGUGAGCGUUAUCUGCAUACAUCAACUAAUUAUUUUAUUACGUCAUUGGCAUUCGCGGAUUGCCUUGUGGGUCUAGUAGUUAUGCCAUUUAGUGUUAUUUAUGAAGUAUUGGAAAAACAUUGGCUUUUUACGCUUGAUUGGUGCGAUAUUUGGCAUUCUCUUGAUGUCCUGUUUUCAACUGCUUCGAUUUUAAAUCUCUGCGUGAUAAGCGUUGAUCGUUACUGGGCAAUUAAAGAUCCAUUUAGUUAUCCAACACGAAUGACACGUAGGUUAGCUAUUUUAUUAAUAGCAUUAGUUUGGCUCGCUUCAAGCCUUAUAUCUUUUCCUGCUAUUAUAUGGUGGCGAAUAGUACGCUCUGAUAAUGUCCCACAAAAUAAGUGCCCUUUUACAGUUAAUCUUGAAUACAUAAUAUUUUCAUCGUCAAUAAGUUUUUAUCUGCCUCUGUUUGUUAUGGUUUUUACUUACUAUAAAAUUUAUCGUGAAGCAAUUAUACAAACAAAAAGUUUGCGUAUUGGGGAAAAACAAGUGAUGCUUGCUUCAGGUGAAUUGGAGCUAACUCUACGAAUGCACAGAGGUGGUAGUUUUCCAGCUGAAAGCACAUCAGAAACUUUACAGGAUUUUGGAGUUGGAUAUACAAAUUUCCACAAUAUUCGAUCUACAUGUUCUCCAUCUGUAAGAGUUAGUAAACAGUAUUUAUUUACUGCAAAUAAAAAUUUUUCAUUGUCUAGAAAAUUUGCAAAGUUUUCAAAAGAAAAAAAAGCUGCCAAAACACUUGGCAUUGUCAUGGGAGUAUUUAUAAUAUGUUGGCUUCCCUUUUUUGUUGUUAAUUUAUGGUCAGGAUUUUGUGCGAGAUGCAUCUGGCGAGAAGAAAUAAUUUCAGGGGCAGUUUCAUGGCUCGGCUGGAUUAACAGUGGCAUGAACCCUGUUAUUUACGCUUGUUGGAGCAGAGAUUUUCGAAGACAGCAAGAACAAAAUACUAAAGGCUCUAAGCGAGGAACCGGACAAUAUGAAUCAAAUCGUGGAUACUGCACUAUUUAUCAUAAUCACAAAUCUUUGGCUAGGACAGGCCACCAUUCAGUUUAUCCAGAAGAAGAAGCCCAUAAUACCAACCGAGCAGCUAUACCUGGCAUAGCCUUUACAAGAAUACUGUGUUCAUGUUGUCCUCGAAGAAUGCGAAGACGUUAUCAACGAGCAUUUAGAUGUAAACCAAAUCUGGUACAGCAGCGAAAGCGACCAAUGAGAUAACAUUAACGAUGGAGCGUAAUAUUUCAGAAAACUUUUUUUACCUGCUCAUAUCACUGAAAUCGAUUGAAUCUGAAUACUCAAUUUAUAAUACACCAGGAAAAAUAUAUUAACUUUUCAUUGUUUUUACUAUUAAAAAUUGUGGUUUAAUAUUAAAAAAUUGAGUUACAUAAUUUUCCAGAAUUCUCUUUUCGUCACAUAGAAUGUUUGAAUACUAUAAAUAAAAUAAAAACAAAAUUGUUAAAUAGACAUAUUUAUUUUUGCUUUCUCAUAGAUAAUUCUUUGUAAUAGUGUGAGUAUUUUUUUUUCUAAUAAAAAAGAGGGCAGUCGAAACCGUCUUACCCUCAGCCACACUGUAUGUUCGAUUUGCACUGAAUAAAAAACGUACGCUUUACGGCCAGAUUCAUGCACCUGACUGUGACGCAAAUCCUCUUCGAAGCCUUACCGACCUUUAGUAAAGACUACCUAGCUCCUACGUUUCUUAGCAUCGGGUUGGAGAGGGCAAGAUCAACCCUGUGACCCCGUUUCUCUGCAUCAGUCUUAGAAGUAUUUUGUAUUUGGCCUCUUCAGCCUCGCCUCUUGUAACACCAUUUCUGGCUAUCUUGAGAAUCGUUGCUGUAUAAUUGAUUACUGUACGCUACCCAUACUUCGCAGUCAACAUAGCUGUCAUGAGUGACUCUAGCUAUCUCUAGCUCUAACUAUCGUAACACUAGUCAACGAACACCUUUUUCAUUUAAAUGCAACAAAAGAUAAGAUAACCGUACUCUAGAUAGAAUACGAUAAAGAGAUUAUAAUAGAAACGCGAAAUUAAAAAUAUCAGAAUAUAUUCAAUAAUUCAUUAAAACAGAAUAGAAACAACGUGACAGGAAGAGUAAACAAAAUCCGAAUAGAAAUAAAUAAAAUCAUUAAAGAAUAUAAAACGUGAUAGAAAGAAACCGAAGUUUUAUCAUAGAACGAAAAUUCAAUAACGCAAAAUGAUUAAAUACAUGUCGCUUGGAAAUGUAUAGGAGUAAUAUUGAACUAAAGUACAUCGACAUACACUGACAUGCACACAAACAGCAAAGCAGAGGAAAAAGGCGAAGGAAUGCGAAGCCAGGGGCAUCGAUAUGUACGUACACAGCAAAAAAAAAA